AUAAAAGUUUCUCAGUUUGUAGGAAAACCUGAUCCAUUUUGAAUCAGGAUCUGAGUGGCAUCAUACUGGUGAUAAUUUUCGGACGACCAUCAGAACAUUUCUGGUGACUUUUUGGACGUAUCCUUAAUGUGGCACGAAAAAUAUUUUCCUUCUGGCAACCCUGACGUGAUACUUAACCUCAAUACGUGUUAAUAACCUCAAAAAGUGAAAAACAGAAAAUAGGAUUUUUGUGUAAACCUGUUGCUAUGGCCAUGAAAACAUCAGUUACGAACAUAAACGUCCUCGACAUAUUCCAAGAUAAACAACUCGUGAAAGUUUGUGCCCCUAUGGUUAGAUAUAGUAAACUCCAAUUCAGAAACUUGGUGAAACGUUAUGACUGUGACCUAAUGUUCACCCCAAUGAUUUUAGCAGAUUCAUUUUGCCACAGUGAAAAAGCUAGACAGAACGAAUUCACAACUAAUGCAUUAGAUUCGCCAGUAAUUAUUCAAUUUGCAGCUAAUACUGCUCAUGAUUUUGUUGGAGCGGCAUAUUUGGCAUCGCCAUACUGUAAUGGUGUCGAUCUAAACUGUGGGUGUCCCCAGAGUUGGGCAAAGGAACAAGAGUUGGGUUGUGCAAUGUUGAAAAAACCAGAGCUUAUAUAUGAUCUUGUUAGGCAGUGUAGAAACCGAAUACCAGCACCAUUUUCAGUAAGCGUCAAAAUAAGACUUUUGAGUGAUAUAACUGAGACAGUUGAAAUAUGCAGGCAAUUGGAAAAGUGUCAUAUAAGUUUUUUAAAUGUACAUGCUCGUACAACAAAUCAGCUUACUGGUCAAAUUGACAAAUCAGGUCUGAAGUUAAUAAAAGAUUCUUGCAAAAUUCCUUUAGUAGCUAAUGGUGGUGUAACAUCUCUAGAAAAUUGUUUUGAGUUACAAGACUACACCGGCUGUGAUGGAAUAAUGGUAGCCAAUGGAAUCCUAUCCAAUCCUACUUUAUUCAGCGGUACUUGCUAUACAACUAAAAAUUGCAUUCAAGACUGGUUGAACAUAUGUUACAACAGCACAUUGACGAUGCAGAGCUAUCAAGAAGAAUUAGCCAAACCUAAACUGACUAUCUCUGAAAAACCUAACAAUCUGACGUUUCAGUGUUUUCAUCAUCAUUUAGUUUUUAUGUUGGAGAAAGUUUUGCCCAAACGGCAGAGACACUUUUUUAAUAGUUUGAAAACAUUCAGUAGUGUUUUGCAGUUUAUAGAAGAAUAUUUUGGAUUGAAACCAAUGUUGUUUGAGCCUGAAAUGUUUGUAAAAACUGUUUCUCAGAAUAUGGAUUAUACAGAUAGAGAUUUUAUGUAUAAGGAAUUGAAACCAACUGAAGCUGAAGAACAAGAAUAUAUUGGCAACAGUUACAAUUCCGAUGGUCAAUAUUUCAGCAGUAAAAUUUCUUCAGAAGACUGUGAUUUGACAGAAAUAUUUCUGGAAAAUGGAUAAAGUCUGACAAAUUCUACAUGUCUUACAUUAAUUAAUGAAAGGCUAUUCCAGUCUUAGAAAAACUAAGAGUGCUGAAAGAAAUAGAAAGACUAUUUUGCAGAAAAAAAUUAUUUUACUAGUAUUUAUAUUUUAAUAACUAUAUCCAUAAUUUAUUAAUUUCCAGAGAUUUUACUGCAAUAAUUUAUUUUCUUUUUCCACUUAAGUAUGUCCUAAAUUUGUUGUUCGCAAUUGAAAAUAAAGUUUAGUAAAACUA